AUGCACCUGCAAGUGUACAUCGUGAAUGGCAAGCGGCAAUAUACGCUGAAGAAGAUGGAUCCAGAGGGCAAACCGACGCUCAGCGCCCAUCCCGCUCGCUUUAGCCCUGACGACAAAUACAGUCGGCACCGCAUCACUAUCAAACGCCGCUUCAGGGCACUUAAAUCGGAGAAGCGCCCCAAGCCGCUGUAG